AAAUGGAAAAAAGAUGUGCCCUCGGUCACUGAGGGCUGCAGAGAGUGGUGUCUGGCUGGAGAGCUCGGGGCAGUGGAGAGAAGGGGCCAGAGCAUGAGUUCCAAGUCAAAAUUCGUAGGGGUCAUCGGAGUGCCUUUCUCAAAGGGCCAGCCACGAGGAGGGGUGGAAGAAGGCCCCACAGCGCUGAGAAAGGCCGGCCUGCUGGAGAAACUGAAAGAACAAGAGUGUGAUGUGAAAGAUUAUGGGGACGUGCCCUUUUCUGAUGUCCCUAGUGAUCCUCCCUUUCAAAUUGUGAAGAAUCCGAGGUCUGUGGGAAAAGCGAAUGAGCAGCUGGCUGGCGUGGUGGCAGACGUCAAGAAGAGUGGAAGGACUAGCCUGGUGCUGGGUGGAGACCACAGUAUGGCAGUCGGAAGCAUCUCUGGCCAUGCUCGGGUCCACCCAGAUCUCUGUGUCAUUUGGGUGGAUGCUCACACUGAUAUCAACACUCCACUGACAACCACAAGUGGGAACUUGCACGGACAACCUGUGUCUUUCCUCCUGAAGGAACUAAAAGGAAAGAUCCCCGAUGUACCAGGAUUCUCCUGGGUGACUCCCUGCAUAUCUGCCAAAGAUAUUGUGUAUAUUGGCCUAAGAGACGUGGACCCUGGGGAACACUACAUUUUGAAAACUUUGGGUAUUAAAUAUUUUUCAAUGACCGAAGUGGAUAAACUGGGAAUUGGCAAGGUGAUGGAAGAAACACUCAGCUAUCUACUAGGAAGAAAAAAAAGGCCAAUUCAUCUGAGCUUUGAUGUUGAUGGAUUGGACCCAUCUCUCACACCAGCUACGGGCACACCAGUUGUCGGAGGUCUGUCUUACAGAGAAGGUCUCUACAUUACAGAAGAAAUUUACAAAACAGGGCUACUCUCAGGAUUAGAUAUUAUGGAAGUGAACCCAUCUCUGGGGAAGACACCAGAAGAUGUAACUCGAACAGUGAACACAGCAAUAGCAAUAACCUUGGCUUGCUUUGGAGUUGCGCGGGAGGGUAAUCAUAAGCCUGUUGACUACCUUAACCCACUUAAGUAAAUGUGGAGACACCAUGUAAAAAUCUCACAGCUAAUGUCAUAAUUAGCCAAUCUAAUAAUUUACUUAAGCUUACAGUUAUCCUCCCUAAAAUUUGGUCUUUCUGAAAAAUGUUCUGCCUUGGCAAAUACUGGUGUAAUUAGUAUGAACUAUCAAUUCCCUCUUGGUGUGAACUUCAAGAUUUGGAAAUUCUAAGUUUUGUAUAAUUAAAGACACACACAGAGGCAGACUCCUGAUAUCAGGAGAUAAAACUAUCCCACCUGAAAAGGGACCAUAAUCCCAUGUUGUUCAAAAGAUGUGAUUUUUUUAUAAUAAAGUCUUUAUAAUAAGGUUC